AUGCCUAGCGCGUCCAUCGAGUUCGUAGGUGGAGAAUCUGAACGAGCCCAGCUGAGAAAUUUUGUCAAAGUAAAUGAAUUCUCAGUUCCGUUUGGCGCUGCAGCCUUUUGGCUUCGUGUGGUGAACGACUGGGCCCACAAUAACAAACUUUCUAGUAGCACUGCAAAAAGUGCUACCAUAUGUAUCAGCCACAACAAAACUGCUGUGUCUCCAACCUACUUCCUUGGAGGCACACCUAUAAAGACUGUUGGGGCCCUUCCCAUUCUGGGUGUAACAUUCAGCUCAUCUCUCAAGUUUUGCCACACGCUGAAAUACCAGCGCAACAUUGCACUAGUCCGUCUAUUCUGCAGGUUGCUUCAGGGCUCUCUGGACAGCACUCAUUUUUCUUCUUCAGCUCGUCUGAACAAGUGGUUCGCCCAAUGA